AUCAUUUCCUCACCCCUAAUUGGUCAUAAUAUAGUAACCAUCUUGAUAAGAAAGUCACCUUUUAUAUAUUGCGUGAAUGACCCGGCUUUUUCUAGUUCAUCCUGCUUAACAGGACGUUACAACAUUGUUAAUGGUACGCCUCGCCACCACUCAGCUAUGCAUCAAUGUCUGGCCGAUGAUACUAGUCGUGUAGCCGAUGUUUAGGCUUGCGCAUGAUGGUAAAUAUUGUGCAAUUGCCAAUGUUGAUGUACAUGGCACGUAAGAGAUCAGGAACAGCAGCCACUAGUAGCUGAUAGGAAUCGAUUGUUAGCUGGUACAUAUAGCGCUGGAUUAAGAAGCGUUGAUGAGAAUUGUCGGAGAAAUGUGAACAAUUGAGAAUUUUCUGAUCAAUGUUAAUGAACUGGUGUCGUCUGCUUCCAGACCUGAUCAUGGAUAUUCAGGUGGAAUAUGUUCAACUCUUAGUUUUACACAAGCCUGAAGGAUUAAAGUGAAGACCUACAUCUGUCGCUGACGUGCGACUGCAUAGGGCGGCCGCUUGUGGUGAGGUCGGUUACCACGAUAGGGUGGCUGCCUCAAGCAGUCAGAUGUCCUCAAACAGCCUUACGCUGCGCUUCCUGGCGGUCCUUGCGCUCCUCACCACCCUCAACAUCACCUUUCUAGGCGUCAACUGGACAAGAAAGGACACAUCGCAUGCUUGUUCCAUUGAUGACGUCAUUGACGGAGUUUCGCGCUUCAUACGUUCUUCCGGGGUGUAUGAGAUAAACACGGUGAUGUCGGAGCCGUGCAAAAAGACAGUGAGCACAGGGAAGUCAAAAGAACAUCUGAUAGCUUCAAUAAAAGAAAUUGUGUCUGAAUGUAGAAACAGAAACGUUUCCAAGCAAAUCAACAGAACUCUGCGAAACCCUUUCAUUACGUUAUUCACGACAUGGUCACAGACAGACGAUAUAGAAAUGAAGCAUGUCCACAACAGAACGCUCCACAACUGGUCCAUGUUUCGGCCGAUGGUGGAGCUGUUUGUUUUCACUAAUUCGACCGAGGUCGCGGCGGUUGCACGCGCGCACGGGGCCGGCGUGAUGCCCAUCUUUGAACAUAACGCCGGCGGCGUUCCCGUCCUCAGGUGGAUGUUCCAAGAGGUCCGAAAGCGGGCGCACAUCUACAGCAAGCUUCAGGGAUAUGUGAACUCUGAUAUUCUGUUUACUGAACAAUUUGUCGAUACACUAGGUGCGAUUGUUAGAAAUAAUAAUCUGUCACAGCCGUAUUUGGUAGUUGGACGACGAACAAACGUUUUAGAUGUUACAUUUAAUGAAUCUAGAUCUUUUUCCGGCAUAGAGGCCGCGGCAAAACAACGUGGGGUGCUAUUCGGGGCUAACGCGGAGGACUUCUUUAUAACAAAUGCGGCGUUUCCUUGGGGCAAGAUCCUGGACGUCGUGGUAGGGCGGCUGGCCUAUGACAAUUGGCUGGUCGGGCACACAAUAUGUAACCUCAGGAUUAAGACCAUUGACGUAACGGACACCAUGUUAGCCGUGCACCAGACCACAAAAUCUGGCGGGAAUUUUGAGGGUUUUAAGCACGAGCAUGCGGGUUAUAACCGGGUCCUUUUCCGAAAACACGGGCUUGAUCCAACUUGGGAAAACGGGUUCACUAUUUGUGCACAGGAGCUGACGUUUGUUAAUCUGUGCGGAGAAAUUCAAGUUGUUGAGAGGGAUGAUUUUUGGAACCAGUGUAAAUGUAAAUACAGCGACCAUCGAAACCAUCGGACAAAGCUCUGAGCUUAUUCUAAAACUUACGUCGAAAUAUCAUCUACUAAACUUUUGAAAAAAUAUUAAAUAAGCAUAUAUUUUAUAGAUUCAGUGCAGAAGAUUGUAUAAAUACUCAUUAAGCACUUGUUAUAACAUGUAGUUAAUAAUCUGCAAUGAAGUUGAAAUAUUUUGUAAACCUACAUUGUAAGCAAGACGAAGUUUUCAUGAAUUUUGUGAGACCAAGUGGGCAUAAAUUCAAUAUGAGGAUGUAUAGUAUUUGUUUUGAAAACAAAGUUGAAGGGCCUCCCACAGUGCAAAAGUCGUUUGAAGGACUAAAACAUGAAAUGUUUAAAAAAAACAUUUUUUAUUUAGUUUUGAGGUUCAAAAUUUAGCAUGCAUAAUACAUACACAUGUAUAUACAUAGUACAUGUAUCCGUUGUGACCAUUAAAAUUAGGUGUUGAGAAGAUUAGGAGUUGAGAAAAUGUUACGAAGGAAAAUUUUAUCCGAUUUCUAACAAAACGCAUUUGCAUUUUUGCGGAAAUGUCUCUAUACAAAAUGAAUAUAUUUUGUGUCAAAUUAAUGGGUAAAUCCAAUCAACAAUGUCUUAUGCCGCUUAUGUAAGAGAUAUAUUUGCAUAUUUUUAAACCAAGAAAUGAAUUAAAUCCACUUUUUAUUUUUAUUUUAUUGAAUCUCCGUUUUAUUUGAUAAGAUACUAUGGCAUUGUUAAAUAGGAAGAAUUGGACAUUUUGACAUAAAAACACAGUUAUAUUGUUGACAGACCUUUCCGAAAAAUUGCAAAUGCUUUUUAGCCUCAAAUCGGAUAAAAUCUUCUUUCGUAAAAUUUGGUUAACUUCUUAUUAUCCCUAAACAUUUCACAAAGGAUAUAUGUUUUACCCCCUAAAAUGAUUUUUCAUCAAAAAUAAAUAAAACAUGAUCUUUUGAAACGUUUUAAUUUUUGGCCUUCCCCACACACUUUUGCACUAUGGAAGGCCCUUAAUACUCGUAUAAACACAUCAUGGAACAUAAUAAUUAAAGUGUGAACUAUAAAGUCAUCAUGUGGCUGACUGUUACAUUUAUUGGAUGUCCAAUUUGUAUUUCGAGAUAUCGUAAUUCGUUCAUAGUUCUGUAAAACCGAUUAUUGUCUCCUCAUUGAUUCAUUUCCUCAUGACCAUCGCGUACGGUCUAGUCCACUCAUCAGCAACGAGCCUAGUCUGUAAAUCAGUCACGCGUCUAGUCCGUACAUCAGUCACGGGUCUAGUCCGUACAUCAGCAACGAGCCUUGUCUGUAAAUCAGUCACGCGUCUAGUCCGCACAUCAAUCACGAGUCUAGUCCGCACAUCGGCAACGAGCCUAGUCUGUAAAUAAGUCACGAGUAUAGUCCGCACAUCAGUCACGAGUCUAGUCAACACACCAGUCACGAGUCUAGUCCGCUCAUCAAUCACGCGCCUAGUUCGCACAUCAGCAACGCGCCUAGUCUGUAAAUCAGUCACGCGUCUAGUCCGCACAUCAGUCACGAGUCUAGUCCGCACAUCAGCAACGAGCCUAGUCUGUAAAUCAGUCACGAUUCUAGUCCGCAUAUCAGUCACGAGUCUAACCCGCACAUCAGUCACGCGUGUAGUCCGCACAUCAGUCACGAGUCUAGUCCGCACAUCAGCAACGAGCCUAGUCUGUAAAUCAGUCACGCGUCUAGUCCACACAUCAGUCACGCGUCUAGUAUGUAAAUCAGUCACGCGUCUAGUCCACACAUCAUUCACGCGUCUAGUCCGCACACGAGUCUAGUCGGCUUAUCAGUCACGCGUCUAGUCCGCACAUCAGUCACGCGUCUAGUCCACACAUCAGUCACGCGUCUAGUCCGCACAUCAGUCACGCGUCUAGUCCACACACCAGUCACGCGUCUAGUCCGCACAGCAGUCAGGAGUCUAGUCCGCACAUCAGUCACGAGUAUAGUCCGCACAACAGUCACGCGUCUAGUCCGCACAUGAGCAACGAGCCUAGUCUGUAAAUCAGUCAUGAGUAUAAUCCGCACAUCAGUCACGAGUAUAGUUCACACAUCAGUCACGCGUCUAGUCCGCACAUCCGAGUCACGAGUCUAAUCCGCACAUGAGUCACGCGUCUAGUCCGCACACCAGUCACGAGUCUAGUCCGCACAUCAGUGACGCGUUUAGUCCGCACAUCAGCAACGAGCCUAGUCUGGAAAUCAGUCACGCGUCUAGUCCGCACAUCAGUUACGAGUCUAGUCCGCACAUCAGUCACGCGUUUAGUACGCACAUCAGUCACGAGUCUAAUCCGCACAUCAGUCACGCGUCUAGUCCACACAUCAGUCACGAGUCUAAUCUACAAAUCAGUCACGCGUCUAGUCCGCACAUCAGUCACGCGUGUAGUCCACAAAUCAGUUACGCGUCUAGUCUGCACACCAGUCACGAGUAAAAUCCGCACAUCAGUCACGCGUGUAAUCCGCUUAACUGUCACGCGUAAAGUCUGCAGGUCAUUCACGCGUCAAGUCCACACAUCAAUCACGCGUCUUGUCUUCUUAACAGUCACGCGUCCAGUAUUUUUUGACAAAAGUUAACAUUUAUAAUUGAUAUUUUUUCAAUCGCAUAAUACUUAUGUACUUUAAUCUUACGGAUGCCGAUGAAUGUCUAGGUUGGGUUUGUUAAGAAACGAGCAAUGUUGAGAAAACUGGUAAUUCAUGUUAUUUGUUUGUGAAUGAAGUUCCUGUGCAGUACUAUCAGCAAUGAAAACAGCUAUUCGCUU